AAAAGUGAUUUCGCAGGAGUCGUGUGUGGUGUUUGUGCAAGAUUCUGUCGGGUUGCUCGGUCGUACCUUUCUCGCAAUAGAAAGCGGAAACAAAACGAGCAACAACGUUUGAUGUGUUUGACAUGAUUCGGAGCAGUGAAGAUAGAUAGCAAGUUGGUAGUAUCUUUUGAAGACACCAGAGGUGGAAUAGGGACAAGAAAACAGGUGAACUAUUUGCCGGUGAAAGUUCAACCACUAUGCUCCACUGGACCGUAACGCGACGAAACUGAUGCGAAGCCGGCGGCUUAGGGUUCCGCGAUCGUUCGAAGAUCGCCCUUGCUGCUGCAACAUUCCAGUUUGCUGAUAGUGUCAAAAAACCCCUUGCACCGCGGAAAAUGGCGAUGGAUGCCACUGCGGCCUACCGACCGAAGGUGGAUCUGAACGAGCUGGGCGACCACGAGGCAAAGCUGGCACCGCCCGAUGUGCUCGACAAUGGCGGUACGCCACAGCACCAGCAACCGACCGUCUACCUCACGGAAACGUUCUACAUCAGCUCGAAGAAGAACACCGUAUUCGAGGUCCGCCUGACGGACAAGGGCCUCUGUCUGAAGAAGCAAUCGAAUGGCUCGACCAAGGAGCAGACGAUCCCCAUGAAGGACAUCAUUGGGUGUCGGUGUUUGCGCAGCAAGCGCCGGUCGCGCGGUAGUUCCUCCUGUACCUGCGCUUCCAUCUCGAACUCGAGCCAGCUGAAGGUGGUGGAGGAAAAUUCCGGCGAGCAGGAUGAAACGGACGUGAGCGCCUACCUGUACAUCUACGCGUACAUUCUGAAGCGCAACCGGCGCGGUGGAUUCCGCGAGCGGACCACGAUCACGUUGCGCUUCCGCUCGUUCGACCGCUACGAGGACAACAAUCGCGAGGCGCAGAAGUGGCGCGCGGCGAUCAAGCAUCUGAUCGCGGGGGAACCGGUCCAGAGGCUCACCUAUCAACCGAAGGAAACGCGCAAGAUGCUGGUCAUCCUGAAUCCAAAGUCGGGCUCGGGGAAGGCGCGCGAGAUGUUUCAGCAGCGUGUCGCCCCGAUACUGGCCGAGGCGGAAAUUCCGUACGAUCUGCACAUCACGAAAAAGUGCAACUGGGCGCGGGAGUUCGUGCGGUUGCGGGACGUGUACCUGUGGCGCGGCAUUCUCGUCGUCGGUGGUGAUGGGAUUUUCUUCGAGGUGCUGAAUGGGCUGUUCGAGCGCGAAGACUGGCAGACGGCGAUCGACGAGCUGCCGAUCGGGAUCAUACCGUGCGGGUCCGGCAAUGGACUUGCAAAAACGGUGUCCUUCUUGUACGAAGAGCCUUUUGAAACCAAACCCGUACUGGCAUCAGCUUUAAUGGUAGUUAAGGGAAGACAUUCCAUGCUAGAUGUAGUUAGAGUCGAAACGCGUUCCAACAUUAUGUUCUCAUUCCUGUCGGUUGGCUGGGGUCUCAUCUCGGACAUCGACAUCGAAAGCGAGCGGUUACGUGCCAUUGGUGGGCAACGGUUUACCGUGUGGUCCGUCCAUCGGUUGAUCAGCCUGCGCACAUACCGCGGAACCGUAUCCUACCUGCCGGCGUUAGUUAGUCAAACGAAUGGGGGUGUGUCGGGAUCCUACGCGAACGGUGGCGGCGGACUUGGCACGCUGAAGCACAGUGUCAGCUACAACACCACGCUUAACUGUCGGGACUGUCGGGGACCGGAUGGUGCUAGUACCGGUGGCUGUGGCAUGGGCAGCUGUGAUGCCUGUGAUACCAACUUUAGCGACGUCCUGUCGCUCGAGACCGGUACCAACUUGGACUCGUUUCGCCCCCGGAUCGACAGCUGGUACUCGGCGACGUCACGCAAAAGCACCUACUUCUCGACCGUGGACAGUGUGUACGAGAGUGACAAGGCUUCCAACGAUGAUCCCACGGAAAAGGCGGGCCCCAAUGGGGCUGCGUUCGUGCAGAUGUACGGACCGCCGUCCCGAUUGCCGGCCCUUACCGCGGCCGUCCCCGAGAGCUGGCAGAGCAUCACGGGCGACUUUGUGAUGGUACAUGCCGCCUACCAGACGCACCUCAGCACGGACUGCUACUUCGCGCCCCAGUCACGCCUCAACGAUGGCAUUAUCUGGUUGCUUAUCAUCCGGGCAGGUGUGUCGCGGUCGCAACUGCUAUCGUUUCUGCUCGGCCUGAGCAGUGGCACGCACAUUCCGGUGCAGGCAAAUGAGCACAUUCAGAUGGUGCCGGUGACAGCGUUCCGGAUCGAACCGACCGGAACCGCCGGUCACAUGACGGUCGACGGAGAGAAUGUUGAGUGCGGUCCGAUUCAAGGGGAAAUAUUUCCCAGCCUAGCAAAAGUGAUGGUUCCGAAGUAGGGACACAUAUGCACAAUCGCCGCGAUCAAUUGUUAUUUUUUGUACUGUUAUACAUUGUGCAUUGUGUUUCUAAAUUUUUCGUUUUUUUUCGUCAUUUUGUCUGCUUAAAUAUUGUUACCAUAGUGUAAAACUUUCAAGCGUGGAGUCUAGUAAAAAUGAAUGUCUAUGUUGUUUUCUGCGGUCUGAAACAUAGGUCUUUAAAGUUUAAAUUUUCUUUUCGCUGAUCAUUCCGGUAUUAUGAUCUAUUUGCACACAGCUAAAUAGAAAAUGAUCAAUUUGUGCCAAACUUGUUUUCUGUUUCGCUCUGUCGGUAUAAACAUUUUUCCAUGUGCAUGUCUUAUUUGGCAAAAAAACAAAUUGUCGAUUAAUUCUUCAUCAUUGAACGAAACAUACAAAAAUCACACACUAGCCGGGUACAUUCCGAACAUUCGGCACGUUCUGACAUAGAUUUCAUUACAUGAUCAAUUAAAUGCCACCAUCUCCAACCCUACUCAUAUCAGCAGCGAACAAACACUUGAAAGCGUCGUGCUCGCAAACCGAACCGAUAAGCAAUGUACCAAUUCUAGACUGUAGGGGCAUGUCAAACGUAGCGGGAUUAGAAACGUAGAGUAGAUACUUAUGAAAAGUAUUAUCAGUAACGAUUCAAAUAAAAGUCAUUGCACCGUCUGUGGAAGCGCUACUACAGGCCAAAGUGGUUUAAAGUAGUCCAAAGUGGGCGCGAAGAAUAACUUAAACCAAAAUUAGAGUGAACCUACUAUCGAUAUAUCGACCAUUUUAAAACAACAUACAUGUAGUUUUCCUCCAUUUGAUUGAUGAUUCAAACAAUUAAUCAUAGAUUUGAUAAACGGGCGCCUAGCAAUAGACUCUAGCGUAUCGGAGGAGACGUCGAUAAGAUUUAUAAAGUUUCUAGUAAUUGUAAUAUAUUCACCAGCAUAAUAUGAUAAAGUAAGUUAGAUACAUUUAGUGAGCCCGGAUGUUAACGGAAGAAAAAGGGGGAUGGUGUUAUUCCUUGUACUAUUAUCUAGCUUGCGAUGCCGGGGGGGGGGGAAAGAUAACGAAACGAAAGCAAAGGUUGUACUGUGGCCAUUCAUAAACGUGUGAGCAGCUGAACAUUCCAGAAACGGUUUCGCAACAUUUUAUACUACUUUUCUAUCGUUUGUCGAUCGAUUACGUUCAACUGCGUUUAUUUAGGAUACAGGUGUAUUACUUCAAAGCACAAUUCCAAGAAAACAAGAGCAAGGAGAGGGUUGGUUCUGAAGCGUCUUUUAAAGAACCGCCUACUACACACAGCAAGGAUACAAUCAGUUGCCGGUCUAGUCGCAAUUCACUGGUUAUGUUAGAAAAGUGGUGGCAUUACAGAGAGUCACGCGCAUCCAGUAUAGUUUGUAGGACAUAUAUCCCCCUGAAUACACAGUACAUAUUGUUAGUGAUUUAAAUUGAAAUACCUACACGUAGUUAACCAACCGUCCAUUGAUUGAACAGAGAAGGAAACAUACACACAGCCAUCGAUAGAAAUGAAGAAAAUACGACUGUGAUUCGUUGAAAAAACAAUUAUAUGUUGAUCGUUUGUACCAUGUGUACUGGUUUUCCCUUGUAAGUCGAAGAAAACUGCCCCCUUACACGUUCGCAGGGUGGAAAAUUUAUUCUUCGUCGUGAUUUGGUUUUGUUACUUGGUUAGACGGAUGGUCAUCUGGAACAUUGGGGGUGAUUUGAAUAGUAAUAUGCAAAUAAACAAAAAUAGAUAAUCUAUU